AGAAAGUCUCCGGAGCUUGCGCCAGCCUCUUUGCGGCGCCCCCCAGUUAGACGCAGGUUUUGGAAGCGGGCGGGAGAGGAGGUGUCGUUGCUGGAGCUGAGACCAGACGGCCAGAGUCCUCAGUGAUGAACCUCGAGUUACUGGAGUCCUUUGGGCAGAAUUAUCCAGAGGAAGCUGAUGGAACUUUGGAUUGUAUCAGCAUGGCCCUGACUUGCACCUUUAACAGGUGGGGCACACUGCUUGCAGUUGGCUGUAAUGAUGGCCGAAUUGUCAUCUGGGAUUUCUUGACAAGAGGCAUUGCUAAAAUAAUUAGUGCGCACAUUCAUCCAGUCUGUUCCUUAUGCUGGAGUCGAGAUGGUCAUAAGCUCGUGAGUGCUUCCACUGAUAACAUAGUGUCACAGUGGGAUGUCCUUUCAGGCGACUGCGACCAGAGGUUUCGAUUCCCUUCACCCAUCUUAAAAGUCCAGUAUCAUCCGCGAGAUCAGAACAAGGUUCUCGUGUGUCCCAUGAAAUCUGCUCCUGUCAUGUUGACCCUUUCAGAUUCCAAACAUGUUGUUCUGCCCGUAGACGAUGACUCCGAUUUGAACGUGGUUGCAUCUUUUGAUAGGCGAGGAGAAUAUAUCUAUACAGGAAAUGCAAAAGGCAAGAUUUUGGUCCUAAAAACAGAUUCUCAGGAUCUUGUUGCUUCCUUCAGAGUAACAACUGGAACAAGCAAUACCACAGCCAUUAAGUCAAUAGAGUUUGCUCGGAAGGGCAGUUGCUUUUUAAUUAACACAGCAGAUCGAAUAAUCAGAGUUUAUGAUGGUAGAGAAAUCUUAACCUGUGGAAGAGAUGGAGAGCCUGAACCCAUGCAGAAAUUGCAGGACUUGGUGAAUAGGACCCCAUGGAAGAAAUGUUGUUUCUCUGGGGAUGGGGAAUACAUAGUGGCAGGGUCAGCCCGGCAGCAUGCCCUGUACAUCUGGGAGAAGAGUAUUGGCAACCUGGUGAAGAUUCUCCAUGGGACAAGAGGAGAACUCCUCUUGGAUGUAGCUUGGCAUCCUGUUCGACCCAUCAUAGCAUCCAUUUCUAGUGGAGUGGUAUCUAUCUGGGCACAAAAUCAAGUAGAAAAUUGGAGUGCAUUUGCGCCAGACUUCAAAGAAUUGGAUGAAAAUGUAGAAUAUGAAGAAAGGGAAUCAGAGUUUGAUAUUGAAGAUGAAGAUAAGAGUGAGCCUGAACAGACAGGGGCUGAUGCUGCAGAGGAUGAGGAAGUGGAUGUCACCAGUGUGGACCCUAUUGCUGCCUUCUGUAGCAGUGAUGAAGAGCUGGAAGAUUCAAAGGCUCUAUUAUAUUUACCCAUUGCCCCUGAGGUAGAAGACCCAGAAGAAAAUCCUUAUGGCCCCCCACCGGAUGCAGUCCAAACUUCCUUGAUGGACGAAGGGGCUAGUUCAGAGAAGAAGAGGCAGUCUUCAACAGAUGGGUCCCAGCCACCUAAGAAGAAACCCAAAACAACCAAUAUUGAACUGCAAGGAGUACCAAAUGAUGAAGUCCAUCCACUACUGGGUGUGAAGGGGGAUGGCAAAUCCAAGAAGAAGCAAGCAGGCCGGCCUAAAGGAUCAAAAGGUAAAGAGAAAGAUUCUCCAUUUAAACCGAAACUCUACAAAGGGGACAGAGGUUUACCUCUGGAAGGAUCAGCGAAGGGUAAAGUGCAGGCGGAGCUCAGCCAGCCCUUGACAGCAGGGGGAGCAAUCUCAGAACUGUUAUGAAGGCCCUUGAAGUUCUUCGUUCUUCCCUACUUUGCCAUCGUGUGGCCUCUGGACACUGUGGUCAGUCAUUUGAGAUUGACUUUAAUUUAAAACAAAGGCCUCUGUCUUCCACCCAGGAGGUGGAAGGAGUGAAUUUUAUGUUUGAAUGAAGAAGUGAAUUAUGGAAGAAGAAUAUAUGUCCCGUCCCUUUCAAGCAUAAGUCCAAAUAGGCUCUCAGGAAUGAGGAUUUGUGAAGACAUCAAACAGGAGUUUUGACUCAUUUAAACUUUAAUGCUUGUUAUGUUGCUGGAGAAGAGAUUCCUGUUUUGCUCGUCUGUCUUUACUGUACCCAGCAUCAUUUCGGCCUGUCAUUUCCUAUCUCCUACUUGCCUUCCCUCCACAAUGCACGUCCUUGAGUGACUUGUUCUUAUCUGAAAUUUUGCUGCCUGUAUCCUAGAAAAACUUCUGCUGCACAUUUUUUCUUCCAUUUUUAAACUUACCCACUCACCAGAUACCUCCUAUAUUUCCAUAUUGUGCUACAAAGAUGGGCAGAACAGAAAGUGCUGGAAAGAUUUCAGAUUUUCCAAAAGGAAAGAAAGAUAAGAAAGGCCCCCUCUUUUUUCACAUACUAUAACAUUUUGCUCAAGAAGUUGAGCUAUAAGAGGGUCAGGUUUUUCUUUGUAUUCUUUUCAUUGCAUGUUUCCCUCCAGUAUUGGUUCAUUCUCAUUAAUCAUGGUUUUUCAAGAUAGCUAGUUCAUUUGUCUCCAGCAAAGAAUCAUCAGUAGUUUAUAUUGCUUUACCUGUACUGGCUUCCAGAGCCAGAAACAAACCGAGGUGUCUCUCAGCAGGCUUCUUUUUUACUGGGGGUGGGGGAAUCUAUGCAAGGACUAAAAUAAAACUGUCCAGAAUCAAAGCAACGACAACACAGUUCAGAUAAAAAAAUCAAAGAAC